AUGCCUUCAAAUCAUCCGAUUCAAGUCCGCGCAACCCGGCCAUUGUACCGAUUCGCCGCGACCGCUCUUGGAGCCAGCAUGUGGUUUUUCUUGAUGUAUCGCGCUAAGAAAGACGGUCCUGUUCUACUCGGUUGGAAACACCCUUGGGAACAUUGA